AUGGAAGUCGACAGCAACAUGCUCAUUGAGGAGCUCCGGGGUCUGGCGCAAGGCAAGCUGCGGCUGCGAGGCCGACUGUUGAGCGCGAGGGGCACGCCUCUGGAUGGAAGCAUGACCAUCAACCAAGUUGGUCUGCAGAAUGGCGAUGUUGUCACCCUGGCUACAGGGAGUGUUGCCAUUGCAGCUGCAAUCUCCUCGUUUGCUGCCAUCCUGCCCGAUGGCGCCGUUGCUUCUUGGGGCGACAAGCGCUGUGGCAGUGGGAAUAGCAGUUCCGUGCAAGAUCGGCUCAAGAACGUGCAGGAGGUACAAGCAUCUCAACAUGCAUUCGCUGCACUUCUGUCGGACGGAUCUGUUGUAAGCUGGGGCCUGACUGCCUUUGGUGGUUCGAGCAAGCCCGUGGACAAGCUGUUGAAGGACGUGCGACAGGUCCAAGCUACCCGAUAUGCCUUUGCAGCCCUUCUGGCGAAUGGUUCUGUCGUUACCUGGGGCAAUGAGGAGUAUGGCGGUGACAGCAGCCAUGUCGAGCAUCGAUUGAAAGAUGUGCUGCAGAUCCAGGCGAAUCACUUCGCCUUUGCCGCGAUUCUGGCGGAUGGGUCGGUUGUUACCUGGGGCGAGCGCAACAAUGGGGGGGACUCCAGGGCCGUCAAGGCGAGGCUCACGAAAGUGAGCUGUCUCCAAGCUUCUCAGAGCGCCUUCACUGCCAUUCUGGCCGAUGGCACGGCUGUUUUCUGGGGUGAUCGGCCUUCAUUUGGUGACUUUGAUGAAAGCCCAGUUCGGGAGCAGCUCCAGAAUGUAAGGCAGGUCCAUGCUGGCCAAAAUGCCUUUGCGGCUCUCCUCGAGGAUGGCUCCGUCGUCACGUGGGGCAAUGCGACAUAUGGUGGUGACAGCAGUCGUGUGCAGAGCCAGCUGCGAAACGUCCGGCAAAUUCAGGCCGCCCGGCUUGCCUUCGCCGCCCUCCUUGAGGAUGGCUCGGUUGUGACCUGGGGCAGUGCUGGGCAUGGUGGCGAUAGCAGCUCGGUGCAGGAUUGUCUCAAGAAUGUGCAUCAAGUUCAAGCCGGGCACAAUGCUUUUGCUGCAAUUCUUCACGACGGAUCCGUGGUCACCUGGGGACACCCCGAGUCAGGAGGCGACAGCAGCUCCGUCCAAGAUCGCCUCAAGGGCGUGCAGCAGAUUCAAGGUGCACAGCAUGCCUUUGCCGCCAUUCUGGCCGAUGGCGGUGUUGUUACCUGGGGCCAUCCUGACUAUGGUGGUGACAGCAGUGCAGUCCAGGAGCAGCUGAGGGAUGUGCGGCAGGUGCAGGCUUCGGACUUUGCCUUUGCGGCCGCACGGGCAGAUGGAUCUGCCGAUUCUCUCUACCGCACCUGCGUGCGAGUUGGCCUUUGCCCCGCCUGGGAGAUUCGAAAGAACUGCAUGUCAGUGGUGGGCCUCGAUCAGGAGCUCGCGGGCCUCGCCUUGCGCAUCUUCCUUGAGAAGUGGAGGGCACGCACGCUGAAAACGCGGCGUAUCACUCACGACUUCGUUCUCGUGACCACGCCGCAGGCCGACGUUGGCGAAGCCUGGGUCCCCUCUGAUAGCGAGGAGAAGCAGAUGCAGGACCAUUUGAAAAGCAUCCUCACCAAGGAGUAUGGCCUGACUCCAGCACGCAACUUGUGCGGCUUUGUGGUGCCAAAGUUGCUAUUGGCCAGGUACGCGGGUAUCGGAGGAGAAGUCAAGAAGGCGAAGCUCACCCGCGCUGAAAAGGUACCAGAUGCAAACUGCCCCGUAGAGAUUCUGCAUCAGGGCCCUGAGGGGCCAGAGGCUGAUCCAGACUUUGCAAGUAGCCGUUCUUGUUUUGUGUUUGUUGAUCUGUACGACUUCGAGGCGUACAAGACGACCACCGAGAUGGUCUGUGCCGAUGACGAGGAGGACUUCGUUUGCGGCUACCCUCUCUACGUGGACAGCAAAACUCGCGAGCCGUUUGUGCUGGAGCUGUACAGAGCUAAGGGAGCCGCAGCCAAAGACCUUGUCAGCAACCGGCUCAGACACGACGCCCUCACGAUCCUGAGGGGGCUGACGCGCGAGCGAGCGAAGCCCAACAUGAUGCACUACCCGCUGCCGCUGCAGGCCAUGGCCCCUCUUGCCUUGCCGCCGGUCCCGCGGCUGCCGCUGGGCCGAUGGGCACGCCGGGUGCGGCCCGAUGCAGAGGCGACGUUGAUUGCCUGGCCUAGCGACACCCUGAAGGGUGACCUUCUGGUGAAGAGCCAUAUCGCAUGCACGCUGUCUUGCCCUAUGCCAGCUUGCUGGUGGCGGGCCUGUCCAGUUGUUGCUGUGUGCGAGGGCAUUCACUUGCUGAACUGGGCCUUGCUGGCCUCGGAACGUUCAUUCUGGGUCGUUCGCCGCGCCGCUUGCGGAGACAUCUCUCUUCCUCUUCGUCGCGAGCUUGCGGUACAGCUGGAGGAGCGGUAUGGCUGGCAUCCACAGGUUCAACGCGGCCGCGCGGAUAUGGAGGUCCACGUCCUGUUGGCGCACGACGGCCAAGUCGGCAUCGAGGUGCCUCUGCUGGUGCAGCGCCGGGGCUUGGCGGGGGGACUCCCCCAGCCGGGGAUGAAGCAGGUGGAAGCCUGGGCCAUCGGCCAGACCCUCAACUUACGCCCCGGCGACGUCGUGCUGGACCCCAUGUGUGGAAAGGGCACACUGCUACUCGAGGCUGCUAUUUGGUGGCCCGAGGCUCGGUAUGUUGGCUGCGAUGCUGACGCAGCCCAGUUGGAGGCCUGCAGGGAGAACGCGGACUACCUUGGCGUUCAGGUGGCAACCCACGUGGCUGACGUGUCACAUUUCCACGGCCUCCCGCUUGCCAAUCGCUCCGUUGACAAGGCCAUGACGGCCCCGCCGUGGGACAGGCAGUACGAAGCUUCUGGUGGCUUGAGGAGCUUCUAUGCGGCAUUCCUUCGUGAGCUCUUCCGCGUGCUCAGGGAGGAUUCCUCCGCGGUGCUUCUGCUGAACGUUGAGGCAGCCAAGAUCAUGCGGGAGUUGCUGGCUCAGGAAGAUGCAUGGAGAGUAGUUGCAGAGCGCAGGUUCGACAUCACUCACCACACGCUGGGGGUGCUCAUGCUGUUGGAGGCAAAGGAGCCGCGCAGCCCAACGGAGUUCGCCCUUCUUCCUUGGGAGCAAGAGGGCAGCACGAGGAAUCCGCGCGGCACGCGGUCCAGUUGGAAUCGCCUCCGGGCCAGGUCCUUCCCCCCUCUCCAGCCGUUCGCGUUUGCCCGGCAGAGGGAGGACAAAAGUCCUGCGGACGGCCGUCGACAGGUCAUCGGCGAACUCCUCACCUCUGUCGACGCUGCACUGGCGAAACGCGAAGAGGAGAAGAAGAAAAAGGCCGCCGAAGAGAAGAAGCAGGCGGAAGAAGUGCGGAAGAAGGCGCUCCGGAAGUGCUUCUUUGAGCGCUCUGGAGGGGCUGAGGGAUUGGGGCUGACGGCUGGCUUGCUUGUGCCCUCUGCAGCUACUUGA